AUGAUCCAGGUGCUUGUACCAGUCCUCGAAUCCAACAGGCGGCUCGCCCUCCGGGAGCCACGUCAGGGGGAUGGGUUCGGCGAGCGCAGAGAUGUUGUCCCAUUUGUGCUGGAUCCCAGUGCCAUAAUGGGUCUGAAGCUUCUCGAGAGUGGGCGACGACGACGAGAAGUCGAUGAAGGGGAGCAGUCCAGUGGUCCACGAGAGGAAAGUCAACGAGCCGUCGACAGGUCGGAGGAUGCUCGUGACGAUGAGGCCGACCAGGAGGAUCGAGGCGAGGAUGUACACGAUAACCUUGCAAACGAACUGGACGGCGCGGGAGAGAAGUCGAAAGAAGGCGUGCGGGGGCGACAAGAUGCCACUAUUUACGCUACUACUAAGGCCGCUCUCGGAAUCGGAGUCGGACAGAUCGAAGCUAGACCUACGAUAAUACUCGACGUCCUGCUGGGGGAUUCUGGCGCCGAGGAAGACAUUGUAAGCAAUGAGCGUGUUGGUGAGGGUGGCGAUGGCAAAGCGCGAGCCCUUGGAGGCCUGUGCGACCCAGUGGUCGAGCAGAAGGCGGAUGAAGAUGAGCAGGCCGAGAUCCUGGGCGAAGAAGGAGUAGGUCCAGAGCAGCAGCUGUUGCGUCGACAGGGCCGAGAGAUGGCUGUGGAUGUGGACGAACUUGGCGACGAGCACGGCCAGGGCGGUCAGUGUGAAGGCGAAGCGGCGGUUGGCGAGGCGGGAGCAGACCGAGGACGCCAGGCGCUGCGGGAAGAAGCUGGACGGCAGCAUGAUUGGUGGUGA